UUAGAAAUAAAAAUAUUUGGUGUAAUGAACACAUCGCUAUCAAAGGAGAUUGGAGCCUGCAUCGUUUAAAAAUUAUGGGGUUUUAGGGGGAUUUUCCUUUCUUGCUUUGACGACAUAUAAAAAUGUUGAGAAACAUAAUGAUUGCGUGGAGAAUGUGAAAUAAGGAGUUUCUUGUGUUCUUCAUCGUCAAAUAACAAACCUUAUUCUGAAUCCACAAUUCCAACACAAUGGUGGUGGCUUCUGCAAGCAAUUUAUUUAGUAAAGAAGUCUCAAUUCGAAGGAGAAUCGCUAAUAUAUAUAAUAAGAGAGAAGAAGACUUCCUAUCACUAAGAGAGUAUAAUGACUAUCUGGAGGAGGUUGAGGACAUGACAUUUAAAUUGGUGGAGGGAACAGAUGUCCCGGCCAUUGAAGAUAAGAUUGCAAAGUAUCAGGAAGAAAAUGCUGAACAGAUAAUAAAUUCUCGAGCCCAAAGGGCCGAAGAAGUGGCAAGAUCUCUGAGGGAACAUCAAGAACAAGCUACAGCUAGUGGUCCAAAUGACUUGGGUCUACCACAACCUUCUCAGGCAACUGGAGUUGGACAGUAUAAUCCAAUGUUUAUGCAGCCAAGGCCAACGGGAGCUGGAGUACAACCAGUACCUAUAGGUGGCAAUAAUGCACAUGGCAUGCCAGAGGAUGAAGCAACUCAAAGACAACGGGCUGAAAGAGCGGCAAGAGCAGGAGGGUGGAGUUUUGAAAUAUGUAGAAAGAGGGCAUUUGAAGAAGCUUUCAGUAGCUUAUGGAUUUCCUAAGUUUCUUUCAUUGUCCAAUCAUGAUUUUGCAUUGCAACUUAUCAAGCCAGGUGCUCAGCUGUUACUGUGGCAUCUAAGAACAUGACAAUGCAAGUUGUAGAAAAACAGGAAGACAUCAUGAUGCCCGAGUGCCUGCAUUAUAAUCUUUGACCAGCAUGUAUAGGAGCAGGUACUUUGUUGUAUGGAGGACAGCUGUCAGAGAGAAGUAAUAGAGUUUUCCCUGAUUCUAAGUGAGAAGCUUCUUUGUAUCUUAGGCACAUUGUUGACGACAUUUACCUUUUUGAUCAAGGAACUUAUCUUGCUUAUCAUUUUCCAUGUCUACGGGUUAAGGCCACAAUUAGAUCGACAUCUGAUUCAAUUUGAUAUCUAUAUAUAUUAUGUAUCAUAUUUUAGAAAAUUCUAAAAUGGUUAAUUACUUCUUACA